AAGCACCACUGGGUGCUCCCUUUCCCGGGGGCGGGCAACGCCUAUCAGGAACCGCGAGUGAGUGCCCUUUUGACGUCGGAAGAUUCCCUCCACUCUGUUUUUUCUAAUAAAUUUUUUUAAUCCCAUUUCGCCUUCUCCUCUUCGAUAAAUCCUUCUUCUUCUUCUCUUCUGAGAACGCACAACAAGACGAGCAAGAGAAGAAAGGUUGGUGGAGAAGUAGAGAAGAUUGAAGAAAUAUACGUACAGAGAGCGGAGACGAAGGAAGUACUAUUGCUCGCAUUUCACCAUGGUGCAUAUGUGGCCUUAUUUUGAUCCUGACUAUGAGAAUCUCAGCAAAUACAUGAACCCUCCAAGGGUUUGCAUUGACAACUCUUCUUGCAAUGAAUGUACGCUUGUCAAGGAGCAGGAAGGAUUUCUAGUUAUGCCCCGAAUCUAUCCCACCAUCAGUAAAACCAUGAAGGUGGAUAGCGUGAAUAAACCAGGGAUUCUCUUAGAAGUUGUGCAAGUAUUGAGUGACUUGGAUUUAGCAAUAUCAAAAGCUUAUAUUACAUCAGAUGGUUUAUGGUUUAUGGAUGUUUUCCAUGUGACUGAUCAACAAGGAGGAAAAAUAACUGAUACAAAGACCAUUGAACACAUAGAAAAGGCUCUAGGUCCAGAUGGCGAUAUUCUUGGUAUAAAAGGGAGCAUCUGGUCUGGAAAGGCAGUGGGAAUGCACUCGAUUGGUGAUUAUAACAUCAUUGAGCUCAUAGGCACAGAUGGCCCAGGCCUCCUUUCUGAAAUCUUUGCUGUGCUUGCAAAUCUACAUUUUAAUGUCCUAGUUGCUGAGGUCUGGACACAUAACAUGAGAGUUGCGUGUGUUUUUUAUGUCAAUGAUGAGGCUACCUCGCAAGCAGUGAGUGACCUUAACCAGUUGUCGAUGAUGGAGCAGCAACUUAAUAAUUUGCUGCGUGCACGGGGAGAUGAUGUUAGAGGAGCCCGCACUAAUUUCGGUAUGAGCUCCAUCCAUUUGGGUCGUCGUCUGCACCAAUUAAUGUUUGCCAACAAAGAUUAUGAAAGUGAUGACAAACAAAAGGAAAAAUCUAUGACAACUAUCAAACCAGUCAUUACAAUUGAUCGCUGUGAGGAUAAAGGGUACUCUGUAGUGAAUAUACGGUGCAAAGAUCGGUCAAAAUUAUUAUUUGACAUUGUUUGCACUCUGACAGAUAUGCAAUUUGUUGUUUUCCAUGCCUCAGUUUCAUCCGAUGGCCUAUACGCAACGCAGGAGCUAUAUAUUCGUCACAAAGAUGGCUGCAUGCUUGACACGAGAGAGGGGAAAGAAAUGGUGAAAUGUCUUGAAGCAGCAAUACUGCGCAGAGUGACCGAGGGCUUCAGCCUUGAAAUAUGUGGGAGGGAUAGAGUGGGCUUGUUAUCUGAUGUCACGAGAAUUCUAAGAGAACAAGGACUUUCUGUAACAAGAGCUGACGUAACCACAAUUGGGGAACAAGCCAUGAAUGUGUUCUAUGUAAGGGAUGCUUCAGGAAAUCCAGUAGAGAUGAAGAUGGUAGAGGCACUUCGCCGAGAGAUAGGGCAAACUGUAAUGCUUAAUGUGAAGAGAGUGCCUUCCAGCACAAAGCCCCCCAAGUCAUCUGGAUUGUCUAAGACCAGUUUCUCCUUUGGGAGUUUUCUUGGGAGAUUUCUGCAUUAAUGGUAUGCAUCUCUUAAUUCAGUCAUGCCCUUGUAAGAUAGAGAUGACAGGGAUAUUAGUUUCUCACAUUGUAUUUACAGGUCAUAGUGUUGGAGAGAUUAUUCUGUGCGGAAUCCGAAUGUAUUCGGAGAUGAAUCCCGAUGCGCCACGCCACCGGAUGCACUGGGCCCCAGUGAUGUGGCAUGCCCGGAUUCGCCUCCGAACACGUUCGGAUUCCGCACAGAAUAAUUUUCCCUAGUGUUGACCUGUAAAAAUUGCCUUGCAUAUAUAAUUGUAAAAAACUUUCUAGCUUGGCUUCCCUUUACUGCAGCAAUAUUUAUGUGGUAGUAGGGCCAUCAACUGCUGAAAUAGUAUUUGUUCUUCAGUAUCCCCAUUGUACUAUAGAUUUUUGUUGAAUGAUAAUGCCCUAAAUCAAAUUCUAAUCAAA